CCCCUAACAACACAACAAUGGUGCGGUCCGCCUUGCUGUCAAGUUGAAAUCGCACUUUUCAAGGGCAGUUACUGGUGUGUCUGCUCUGUCCUGUCUACCCCGUGAGCGCUAUUAUGAACAUGCUGUGCAGAGUGGGCCGAGUACGCAGGUGUGCUGGGGGCCUCAGCCAAACUAUCAGCCAGGUAGCUGCCUCCAAGCAGAAGCACACGCUGCCUGACCUCCCCUACGACUACGGCGCCCUGGAGCCCCACGUCAAUGCCGAGAUAAUGCAGCUGCACCACAGCAAGCAUCAUGCCACAUACGUGAACAACCUCAACGUUACGGAGGAGAAAUAUCAGGAGGCACUCGCUAAGGGAGAUGUGACCGCUCAGAUUGCCCUCCAGCCCGCUCUGAAGUUCAACGGUGGAGGCCACAUCAAUCACACCAUUUUCUGGACAAACCUCUCCCCAAACGGUGGAGACGAGCCAAAGGGGGAGCUGCUGGAGGCCAUCAAGCGGGACUUUGGCUCCUUCCAGAAGAUGAAGGAGAAGAUGUCUGCGGCCACCGUGGCCGUGCAGGGCUCUGGUUGGGGCUGGUUGGGCUACGACAAGGAGAGCGGAAGGCUUCGUAUCGCUGCCUGCGCUAACCAGGAUCCCCUGCAUGGAACUACAGGUCUCGUCCCGCUCCUCGGUAUCGACGUGUGGGAGCACGCCUACUACCUUCAGUACAAAAACGUGCGGCCGGACUACGUUAAGGCCAUCUGGAAUGUAGUCAACUGGGAGAAUGUGAGCGAGCGGCUCCAGUCUGCCAAGAAGUAAAACCCGAUCUGCAAAUAGUCCCUUUCAUGCUGACCCCGGGUGAAACAGUAGUUGCAAACGUUCAGUUUUACGUUGCAUGGAGCACAUGAGUGAUGGUGGUUUUUGCACUCAGAUUUGCGACAGUUUGAACUUUUCAUAUGAUCGGCUACAUUAAAGUUGAUUAAGUCAACUUUAAAAUAUUUCCCACAUUGGGCCAGAUAAUGUGGCCUUCAUGGCAAAAUUGGAAACCUGCUCAGAGUUUAAAGCGACUUAUUUGCAGGUGCUCCCGACUACUGCUGCUUUUCAAACGCACAAAAUUGGCCGCCUAUGACAUCAAAGCUGCCUUUUGUUAAUCUCAACCAAAUACUGCAUUAUUCAGUGAGUUUGGUCACACUAAAAAUCAGACAAUGUUAUUGUCGUCCAUGCUUUAGAUGUAUCAUAAAUAAAAAUCUAUUUAAAAUAUAAAA